UUGACAUUCGUUUGUUUGACAGUUUGUUAUCAAGUUAUUAUAACCAAACAAGCCGUGCUUGAACAUAUUUAUUUACGGAAAUCACCAUUAUUGUGCCUGUAUUUACAUCAUCUGUGAUUACUUCGUACGGCGAGGAGGCGUACGCACAUUGCAAUGGCAUCAGGACUCGAAAACUACGUCAACCAAACAGUUUCAGUGAUAACUGCAGACGGUCGUAACUUUAUCGGGACUUUGAAAGGAUUUGAUCAGACAAUAAACAUAAUUUUGGAUGAAUCGCAUGAAAGAGUGUUUUCUUCAUCUACUGGCGUGGCCCAAGUAGUGUUAGGACUGCAUAUAAUUCGAGGCGACAACAUAGCAAUCGUCGGACAAAUAGAUGAAUCUAUAGACAGCAGACUUGAUCUUGGGAAUAUAAAAGCUGAACCUUUAGGGCCUAUAGUACACUAAUGUAUUGCUAUUUUACUUAAGAUAAUGUAAUAAAUAAAUACCUCUUUUAAAAACA